CUUUGCUGAGAUUCAGGUUGGAUCCCUUGGGUAGAGAGAGUUGUGCUGGUCUCGUUUGGGACUGUUCCUUGUAGACUGGAGUAACAUUUAACAACAGGAGCAGUCAGUCAGUCAGUCAGUCAGUGUGUGAACACUUCGCUACCAGGGAAGCUUCUAAAUGCACUUUGGAUAGCCUGCAGCAUAAAUGAGAUGUCAUGGAAAUAUAGACCUUCAUCUUCAUUAAGAGAAUAGGCCAGUAGGCACGGUGCUGCCAAGCCCAUUAGAAGUCAGGGGAAACCCAAAAGGAUCCAUCAACACAAGAAGCGUUGCUCGAAUCGUAUGAGUGUGUUCCUGCUGCUGUUAAAUUGUGUGGAACAGCAAAGCUCCACUCAGACUGUCGACAGUUCUGCAGAAUACCAACAGCUGCAGGGUUAGCCUUUCUGCAUCGGAGCCACACAGAGAAGCACUGGUCUGGACAGCGGUGCAUGGAAAUGUUAGAUCUGGUGAUCCCACACAAUCUGACUGGAAGCUUUGACUGCGCCAACAAUCCAGAAUACCACACCGCUCAUAUUACUAACCGCUCAGAAACAUCAAAUGGCAAAGAGGACAAAUCAGAGUCAAUGAGUAGCAGUGAGAUUGCCUCCACAGCAUUAGAACACUUCCCUGACACAGCUAAUAGCGGUGAUAUUUUCAGUAAAAGACAAGUACACCAGUAUUCGCCCCAGAUUUACACAUCAAAAUCAUACCCUCACAUUGUUCCAACGCCAGCGUUCCACGCCAUGGCGGCCUAUGGACAAGCCCAGUACACAGCGGGGAUACAGCAAGCUGCCGCCUAUGCUACAUAUCCUCCACCAAGCCAACCCUAUGGACUUCCCUCUUACAGCAUUAAAACAGAAGAUGGGCUGAGCCAGGCUCACUCACCGGGUCAAACAGGAUAUCUAGGCUACGGUGCUAGUUUCAGCACACCUUCGCCAGGCCAAGCACCUUACAGCUACCAGAUGCACGGUACUGGGCUAACGGGGACAUCAGGGAUUUAUCAGGGAAACAACACAAUCAGCAGCUCCACAGGCUUCAACACUGCACAACAGGAAUACACCGCAUAUCCAGGCUUUGCCCAAGGACAAUACGCACAGUACUACAGCCCUCCAUACACCAGCCCCUAUGUGACAGCGAAUAGCAUUAGUCCAUCAGCCAUCACUGGCAUGACCUACCAAAUCCAGGAGCCCCCAGUCACACUCAAUAAUCAGACGAGCACAGAGACAAUGCCAGGGGAUUACAAUCCCAUCAAUCGCCCCCCAACCCCGGUAAAAGAUUCGGAAUCAGAUCGACAGCGGAGAAGUUCAGACGGAAAGUUACGUGGGAGGUCAAAAAGGAACAACGACCCUUCCCCUCCGCUAGAUACUGACAUCGAGCGGGUGUUUGUGUGGGAUCUGGAUGAGACCAUCAUUGUGUUCCACUCGUUACUCACAGGGACAUUCGCCACCCGAUAUGGAAAGGACACCCCCACAGCAGUAUCACUGGGAUUGCGGAUGGAGGAGAUGAUUUUUAAUUUGGCUGAUGCACAUCUGUUCUUUAACGACUUAGAGGAUUGCGACCAGGUUCACAUCGAUGACGUGUCUUCGGAUGACAAUGGGCAGGACUUGAGCACAUAUAACUUUGCCACAGACGGCUUCCAAGCCGCAGCAGUCAGUGGGAACCUGUGUAUAGGGUCUGGGGUGCAUGGAGGUGUGGACUGGAUGAGGAAAUUAGCAUUUCGCUACCGUCGAGUAAAAGAAAUGUACAACACUUACAAAAACAACGUUGGGGGUUUGAUAGGAACGCCCAAGAGAGAGGUGUGGUUGCAGCUGAGAGCAGACAUGGAAGCGCUAACUGACUUGUGGCUGACACAUGCACUGAAAGCACUCAGUCUAAUUAACUCCAGAUCAAAUUGUGUGAAUGUUCUGGUAACAACAACACAGCUUAUACCCGCCCUCUCCAAGGUAUUGUUAUAUGGACUUGGUACCGUUUUCCCAAUAGAGAAUAUUUACAGCGCCACUAAAACAGGGAAGGACAGCUGCUUUGAGAGAAUAGUUCAAAGAUUCGGAAGGAAAGCAGUUUACAUCGUGGUGGGAGAUGGUGUUGAAGAGGAACAAGCAGCAAAAAAGAACAACAUGCCAUUCUGGAGGAUCUCCUGCCACGCAGAUCUGGAGGCUCUUCGGCAUGCCCUCGAGCUCGAGUACUUGUAGCGAGAACACCCCCAGCCUCACCCUCACUCACUGACUGUGGCUCUGAUGCGUGGAUGAUACAGUGACAUGUGCUUU